CUGGCCGCCGUCGAGACUCGGGGCGCAGCAGUCGAUACUCCACCGGCACAAACAGACGAUUGCUCGGCUCUUCUAAAAUACAUACAGCAUGAACGUAACUCGGCUGACCCCUAAGUUGAGGACCCUGCAGUCCAUUCUGCGCCGCCACUAUGGUGCUUCUACAGUCUUGCUGAAGGCAAGUGAUCCCAUCCAGCAGCUGUUUGUUGACAAGAUCCAGGAAUACAGCAAGAAGAGCAAGGCUGCAGGUGGCAAGCUGGUGGACAUGACCCCUGAGGUAGAAAAGCAGCUGCAGCAGGAGCUGGACAAGGUUGCCCGCCAGUAUGGUGGUGGUCCAGGCGUUGACAUGACCAAGUUCCCUACCUUCACCUUCCAGGAUCCCAAGAUCGAUCCUCUCAACUAAAUCUGCAAAAGAUUUUCUACCUUCCCUACUGUAAAAAGGCUUAUUUGUACAAGAGAAUGUCAACACUGAUAUGUUAAUAAAAAUAUUGUAGGUUA